UUCACGUUAGCAGUAAGAAGUUCGUUUGUUUGGACGCUGAAAAUAUUUAUUCGAGACACGUUUGGUAGUCUCCAAAUUAGCAAUUUGGGCACCAUUUUGUUUUGCCAUUGUGUGUUAGAGAAUAAAAGAGUUUUUUGUUGUUUUGACGCCAUUGUUUAGGACACGCGGUAGUCAUCAGCUUUUUGACGCGACACUUGAGUGUCUGACGGUGUUUAAUAAUUCAAAGUUGUGUGGCAUCGCAUCGGGCUUAACAAUUUGACAGUUUGGUUGCUCCUGUUGCAUAGUUUGCCAAGUUUUAAUCGGCUGUGUUUUAUUCUCCAAAAUGCCCAACAGCAUGACGCUGGUCAACCAAAUCGAACAAUUCAUUCCCGGGACCAUCCCGUUUGCGCAAUACCUCGAGCAGUUGGAGUGGGUUUUCGCUCACCACCAGGUGGAGCAGGAUGAGGAUAAGAAGAAGGCGUUUUUAGCUGCGAGUAGCAGGGAGGUAUACACCGAGCUGAAAAAGCUAUUCCCCGGGAAAGACCUCAAAAAGGAAACUUUCGUGUCGAUUACUACUGCCUUGCAAAAAAGAUACGAUAAAACCGAUAGUGACAUGAUUCAGCGAUUUAAAUUUUAUCAGCGCAAACAGCGGGAAAACGAGAGUGCUGAAGAUUUCAUUCUAAACGUGAAACAGCAGGCGGAGCUUUGUGACUUCGGGCAGUUCAAGGAUCAAGCCAUUCGGGAUCGUCUUGUUUGUGGUUUGAACGAUGAAGUUCUUAGGCAGCGGCUCUUUGACGAGGAAGAUCUUACGUUAACGAAAGUUGAAAAAUUGAUCGUAAACCGGGAGCUUGCUACAGUGCGGGCCAAGCUAGUGUCGGACAAUGAUGUUUAUAGAGGAAAUGUGCUUAAUCGUGUUGGUGACCGUAACAGGAACAACAGAGCGAACGGUGCGCCCAGUUUUCGUGGUCGAUCGCGCAGCAGGGGACGUCCGGGAGGUAGGAGAGAGAGAAGUCGUUCGUUCUCUGCGGGUCGCAGGCAUCGUUCACCGGCGGCGACUAAUCGUAAAUUUUUCUGUACUCACUGUCGUCGGCCUGGUCACACGCGUAGUUAUUGUUUUGACUUACCGGAAAAUAAAAAAGCUGUGAAAUUUUUGGACGAACCAGCUUCUACUUCCAAAAAUGUGAAUCGUCGGCUGGUUAACUAUCGUGAAGACGAGAGUGAUUAUGACGAAGACAUGAACUGUCUUAUGAUCUCGUCUAUCAAGAAGUUGAGCGAGCCUUGCUUGCGCCAAGUUUACGUCGACGGAAAACAGCUGGAAAUGGAGGUGGAUUGCGGAGCAGCAGUUUCUGUGAUUAAUUCGGUUGUUUACGAGAAAAAGUUUAAGCAUAUCCCUUUGAUGAAGUGCGACCGGAAGCUAGCCGUAAUCAACGGAAGUCGGCUGAACGUUGAGGGGCAGAUUUCCGUCGAGGUUGUUUUCAACGGCAUCAGGAGUAACGUCAAGCUGAUCGUGCUUCGUUGUAGCAGUGUUUUUGCACCUCUUCUCGGGCGAGACUGGCUGGAUGUGUUUACUCCGCGCUGGAGAGAUGCUUUUGGAAUCAGCGCUGGGAUCAAGCAGCUGGACGUUUUUCAAGAUCAUAUGGUCGAGAAGUUUAAGCGUGUCCGUUGGGGGCCGCGUUUACCUAGCCCACAGAAAUCAGAUUAAGGUAGCGCGUGGUGGCUACACCCGGGGCGGUCUGCUGGUGGCGUCGAGGUACGAGAGAAUGCAGAAUCGAAAGAGAAGCCGCGAAGAAGAAGAAGACGAUGCCGACGAUGAAUUUUACGGGUUCGUCUCCGAUUCUUUCGUCUUCCACGAGCCGAUGGACGUCGACCAAGAAGGUUCUCGCGAGUUCGAUCCCCAGGAGGGUUCAUCAAGAAGUAUAAGGUGCCCUGAGAAUUUGCGUUCAGAAGGUCAACAAGAUCAUUCGGAAUUCAAUCCGCGUAGAUCGAGCCGAUUGAAAAAGGCUAGGAAAGAUAGUCGUUUUGUUUAUUUCUAAAAAAAAAAGCAAUGUUAAAUUUCUUGUACAAAUAAUUGAUUGCAUUUUUAAUUGGUGUCUUUCAUUCAGAAUUAAAUAUCAGUGAAAUUUUGAAAUAUUAAUUGUAAUAAACUAUAACUCAAAAAGGGAAGAACUGUAAUAACAACCCUGCAAUGUCGACAUACAAGUCGACAUACCUUUUGUAAGCAAAGUCGAUAAGCUAGUGUGAGCAAUAAAACUCUGUCUCUUCUACUGCGAACCACCGACCUACUCGGUCCUGUUUUCCUUAUCUCAUCAUCCGAGUCUCAAUCACUUUCACUUACAUUAAAAU